UCGGCACUUGAGUCCCACGAACUAGUGUAGUUCGGCAAAGAUGGCGGCGGGUUCCGAAUCGAAAGAUGAUGCUUUCUUCAAAACAGAAGCGGACAAAAAAGUAAUUAGCGAUGUAGCAGAGUCAGCGCUAGUUCACGCAGGUCACGUAAACACCACGACUGGUGUUGUCUCAACACCUAAUCACACAGGAAACUCAACUAUGAGUAGUAUUUCAAAUGUGGAAAGCAACAAAAUGACAGUUUCUCAACCAGAUCUUGCUAAAGCAGGUACACAAGUGCAUGAAAGUGCAAAUAACAGCGUGGAUAGAGCAAGCGAGACGACAACAGCUACACAGAAUAAGUCUGUCUUGGCUGUACUGGAUUCUACAUCGAGUUUAAGCAAAGUCGGGAUGACAGUUGCUCAGACGAUGAAUGGGCGUGUCGUUCUGGUGAACAGUCAUGCUGACAGAGGCGCACCGGUUGACAGCAGCGUCCAGAAACGACAGUCCACAUCCAUAUGUGUCAACAAUGGACUUACGAAGGGAAACGCCACAACCUUAUCCACAACACCUACUACAAUCAUUAGAACGUCUUCUACCAGUUUGAUCAGUCCAGCCACGGUCACGCUUGUGAGACCAGAAACGCCCACUACCUCACAAUGUGCAAUUCCCUCCUUUACAAACAGAACUGCCUUGCAGAGCGGCACUCAUGGAGCUGUUUCAAGUGUCACAGUUGGGUCAACAGCCCUCACCGGAAGCCCAAUUGUUACACAGAAUCAGAUGAAAACUGUACCCACUACAAGUGCAGUCACUCCGGUGUUGAACCCUCGACUCUCUCAGUCACAACAAAAUAUCCAAAACAUCCAGAUCCCUGCAGGUAUGGUUUUGGUUCGCAGUGAAAGUGGGCAACUGCUGAUGAUUCACCAACAGACCCUGGCUCAGAUGCAAGCUCAGGCACAGUCCCUAAGUGCCAUCACACCACGACCCUCAGUCCCCAGUAGCUCCAGCCAGACUACAUCUCAGCAGGCUCCAGGUGCAUCACUGCUUGCCUGUUCUGUUACGCCCACUGCAAUUAUCAAACAAGGCUCUGCUGCCAAAACCGCUGUGUCGACUUCAACACUGCAGAGACCUCCGGUGCUACAGAACAAAGUCGCACUAGGAGGAAAUGCCACCACCUUGCAACAACUGCAAGGAACCCCCACAACAGUUCAGCCUGCUUCUGCAGUUCCAGCACUAGCACAAAGUCCUGCAGGGCCCUUGGGAGCCACUGGGAACUCUGUCACUCCAACAGCAAUAACAGCUGAGACACUGCAGAAUGUGAAAAAGUGCAGAGACUUUCUGUCUACGCUGAUAAAACUGGCAUCCAGUAAGAAACAGUCCUCUGAAACGAUUGCCAAUGUCCAAGAGUUGAUCAAGAAUCUGCUGGACGCAAAGAUAGAGCCAGAAGAGUUUACCACGACAUUGUACAAGGAGCUCAAUUCUUCACCGCAGCCAUACCUUGUGCCAUUCCUGAAGCGAAGUCUCCCAGCUCUUCGCCAGAUGACCCCAAAUUCAGAAGCUUUUAUUCAUCAGAGCCUCCAGCCUCGGCCAAGCACUCAGCCUGUCUCGGCGGCUUCUACAGCCCUGGCGACGGUGGUGUUUCGUCCCCCUCUCUCUUCCACAGCCUCUGUCACAGCAGUCACCAGCAGUCCUAUAAACAAAACCACUGUUAUCACUCUCACUCAACCUCCUUACAUUAAACCCCGAAUGAUUGAAACCCAGCAACAAGGGACAAUGAGGAGGUCUCAGGUCACGUUGGCUCAGUCACCAGUGAUAAAUCUCAGAGGACCAUCUCAUAGUCGCAUCAUUCUGGGACAGCCACCGGUGGUCAAGCAGCUCAAUUCAGUUUCUGCAGUCACGCAGACUCAGGGAGCUAAUUGUGUUCAAGUUGUCAGCCAAACUCCUCUCCAAGCUGCUCAGAAGAACAAGAUGCAGACAAUAGGCGGUGCAACUUUCAGGGAUGAUGAUGAUAUCAAUGAUGUGGCAUCCAUGGCAGGAGUAAACCUGUCAGAAGAGAGUGCUCGUAUCCUAGCAACUAACUCAGUGCUUGUUGGUGCUGUGACCCGAUCUUGUAAGGACGAGGCCUUCCUCUCCACCUCCUUGCUCACUCAGAGAACUCUGGACAUUAGUAAGAAUUUUGGUGUCAGUGAAUUGGGUGUGAACGUUGUGAACUACAUUUCCCUUGCUGCUCAGUUCAGACUACAGAGGCUGGUGGAAAAGGCCUCACAAGUGGCACAGCAGAAGAACUCAACCUUCAAAGAAGAUCAGCGGCAUGAGCAGGUCACCAAUGUGCGAGCCCAGCUCAAAUUAUUUGAGCAGCUGGAUCAGAUGGAGAAACAGAAGAAAGAAGAUCAGGAGAGGGAGAUCCUCCUCAAGGCUGCCAAGUCUCGGUCACGACAAGAAGACCCGGAGCAGCUCAGACUGAAACAGAAGGCCAAAGAGAUGCAACAGCAGGAGCUGGCGCAAAUCAGGCAGCGAGAAGCCAACCUAACAGCCCUGGCAGCAAUUGGUCCCAGGAAAAAGCGAAAAAUGGACUCGCCUCUCAGGGGUUCCAGUGCAGAGGUAUUCUGUGGGCGUAGGGUCGGUCUCCAGCCAACACGGAGGUUCCAGCGGGGUCGGAACCAGACAGUUAUCACGGCAGCGCAUUACUAGAGUUAACCUUCGGGACCUCCUCUUCUGCCUGGAGAACGAAAGAGGCACUGGCCACUCCUGCCUGCUUUAUAAAGGCUUCCUAAAAUAACACUUAGCAAAAUGACUAACCUUACUUAGUCAGCUCUGUGAGUUGGACGCUGGCGCCUUUAUGCUGCUUGUCUUUUUAUCCUCCGCUACCGAACAAUGAGAUGUCUGUCAGCGGGAGGAGAAUUAUCUGGAACAUUGAAGAGACAGCACAUUUGAAAAAGCUCCUCCAGCGCUGGCCUUUUGAAUUCUCAGAGAUGGAUUGAAUAUCAGUGCAGCACCCUGAUUUUAGCAUGCCCUUCAGCUCACGCUCACACUUUAGCCACGUGGCACAGAAAUGGGGAAAAAAAAAUUAUUUGCAGAACUGAGUACUUUUUAGUGGUACUCUAACUGAGUCUGUGUCAGAGCGGCAGAACUUUGUAAAUGUUAAAGCUUUUAACAGCCAUCAUAAUUGGAGUCUGAACUUUUUUUUACAGAGAUGUUGUCUGCUGGGCUGCCUCAAUCACAUUAAGCCAUAGUCAAUAGAAGUCAGCAGUGCUUUUUAAAAAAAAUUAUUAUUAUAUUGCCACGUGCUGCAUUUGAUUUAAAACUUAAUCGAAUAAUUAUUAAAAAUGCAUUUUAGCUUUUAUGAAUUUACUUAUUUACUUAAAGGGUAAUUGCACUUUUUAAUGUUAUUUUGCCCAUCAUUCACAUAUUUCUUUCCCUUUUCUGUGCAUUAUAACACAAGAAAACAAGCUAAUAUCCCAAUUACAGCAUUGUAGGGAAAAGGGAAAGAAAUAUGUGUUUCACAUAAUGAUUUUGAAUGAUGGGCAAAAAAAGUGGCGUUACUUAAGAGGCUAUACAAACUUAAAGAUUCUAUAAUGUGUCAAUACCAGCAGGUCUCUUAUCUUAAUAUCAAAACCUUUGGUGCCUUGUUGAAAGAUACAAAUGUACUAACUACUGCCAUAUUUUCUUUUUUUAUUUUGUUACAUGAUGCAGAACACUCAAAUGUUGUCCAUUAAAUGUCCAUUUAAAUAAUGCUGAUAUUUUUAAUGCAAAAUGGUUGCUAGUAAAUACAUUUGUGGCAAAAUGCAAAUUUAAAUUAGGAAAAAGAUUUUGUCCUACAAUUAUUUUUUGUUUUAUAAAAUCAAUUCCUGUUUUUGGCAUUUUAAUAUUUUUAAAAUUCAAAAAAUGCACUUUGAUGAAUGUUUUAUUAAAUUGAUAAAUAUUUUUUAUAUAUAUUUACUGCACAUAAUAAUCUUGAUCUUUGAUUUUGAAUGAAGGAUUUUUAAAAAAUAUUUUCUUACUGUAUGACUAAAUUAUAGUCACAUAGGUCACAUUUGCAAUGGUGCCUUACUAAUGUGUGUACAUUUUGCACAAAGUCAUUUAUAUGUAUAUAUCUACAUUUAAAAA